ACUAAAAAGGAGAUGUACCAGAUCAUUGAAGGGGGAAACAUUCGGACCACAGGGGGAACGGGUGAACUGGAACUCACCAGGGGGAAUGCGGUGCGCCAUUAUCAUGCUCAAUGGGUUAGAGAUAGCGGCAGUAGAGGCUGAGCCAGUGGUCAAUAUCAUCUGGGACCAAGUCUGGGGCCGCGGGCCGCAGAUCAAUUUCAUUUUGGAAAGUGACGGACGUGAUAGGGUGAACGCGACUACUCGAUUAGGGACGACAGGAAGGAGGAUCAUCCAGGACACGGUGAUGGAGGAAGUUGUCGGAGGCUCCGCGCCCCAGGUAGAGCCCGAGGCCGGGGAACCCGAGAAAGUUUAUGGGAAGCCUAGGGAAGAAGAGCCCACAGACAAGGUCACCGCCGCUAAGAAAAAGUUUAGGUAUCAAAUCCCGAUCUUAACCAUGCCUGAGAUCGAUGACACCCUUAGCAAAUUGCUAGGAACCAUGGUGUCAGCAUCGUUUCAAACCAUGUUGCAGGCCAGCCCUAGGUUGCUCAAAGGGCUUAGACAGUUGUUGACUCGACGACGAGUAGAGAUAGACGAGAACCCCGAAUCACCGGAAGCAGAGAGAGAGGAGGAAGCUCUGCAAGAAGUUGCUAACCUUCAAAGGAAUCUCGAGGAUUUGGAGGAUCUAGAGAAGGCCAUUGCGGACAUCCGCCUGAGCUUGCCGGACCGAGAAGGUGGCGAGGUCAUGAGGGCACCACCUGGAACGAAGCUUAGCUUUCAUGCACUGCCCGUAGGAAAGCUGAAAGUCCAGAUCGGAACUCAUCAUACCGACACAUUGGUAGACGGGGGAGCGGAAAUCACUCUCAUAAGGAGAGACUUCGCAACGAUCACGGGCUGUACGGUGAACAAGGAAGUAACAGGGAGUAUCCGGGGAGCCGGUAGGGAAAUUCCGUUUGCUGGGUAUGUCACGAAAUGUGCAGUCCAGGUAGUAGUCAAGGAGUCGAUCUUGUCGUUUCAGCGGAUGACCGUAAUGGAGGAGACGGACCUCGACAUAAUCCUUGGAAGACCAUGGUGCGCCAAUGUAAAAAUGAUAGGGAUGCAUCUGCAUGAUGGCACAUACAUGGUAGAUAUAAAGGACCCAGUGACCGGCCGAGGGGAACUUCUCCGACUCCUUGGGACGGGAGGAGACCCUCCGAAGGGGAAGUUAGCAACGUGGUCGCCGUCAUUCGAAGAUAGCGCGCGGAAGGGGGCUUUUGUGCGAAUGGAAGGUAUGAGAGAGAGGGUAGAAAUUAUGAUUGAGGAGGCAUUCAACAAAAAGGAAUCGAUCAAAAUGGGCCUGCCUCAGAAGAAGAGAAGGCAGGAGGACGAGGUCUUAGGUGUCAUGGUGGCAGAAAAGGAGUCAGAAGUUGAGCUUGGAGCCACCCUGCCCAAGCGGAAAGAAGUGUGCAUGGAUGUACCUGAAGUCGCACUCGAGAUUCCCGGUUUGUUACAGCUCAUCAAGGCUAUCAGAUACCACAAAGUAGGAGUGGACUCGGCGGCAUUGGCCAAAUUCGAAGGAGAAGUGCAGAAGGGAUAUUGUCUGAAUGGAAAAUUAUUGGACGUGAUCCAGGCAAUACACGACGGACUAGCAGGAGGACAUCGAUCGUCCAAAGGAACUCUUGCGAAGAUAACGCCGCUCUAUUAUUGGCCAGGCAUGGCAGGUAUGGUCGCCACGUACUGCCAGACCUGCCUAAUCUGCCAGGAACGUAGCUCGGCACGCGUCUUCGAGCCGCUUAGACCAACGCGGGUGCUAGGGCCGGGACAUCUAGUCCACCUUGACCUUGAGGUUAUGCCUAUAUCAACGGAUGGGUACAGGUAUAUCCUGGAUGCGCGAGACAACUUGAGUGGGUUCGUGGAGGCGGUCGCUUUCAAGAAAAAGACAGGGAGAAGUGUAGCGGAUUGGGUAAAAGACUUCUACUUGAGGCAUCCCUUCAUCUGGAGGGUUAUAGCGAACAAUGAGACAAAAUUUGUGAACCAACAAGUGUUGGGAAUGCUUAAGAGGCUCUGCGUACCGAUCAAACUCAUCGAGCCAUAUCACCCGGAGGCCAAUGCACUUGUGGAAAGAGGGCACCGAACCUUAAAGAACACGAUUGUGAAGCUCGCAGCGGACAAUUUGGGGAGUUGGCCUAAGUAUUUUAAGCAUGCUGUCUUCUCAGAGAACAUGACACCUAAGAGGACAACGGGAUUUAUCCCAGCGGAACUUUGGUACGAAAGGGAGAUCGAUUUUCCCGUGGAAGCCUUGAUACCAACCUGGAACAGGUUAGAUGACGAUCCGCAUAUAACCACAGAGGAAUUGAUUAAGGCAAGAUGCCAACAAGUUCUUAGGAACGAGGAGGUCAUGGAAGACAUCGCCAACCGGGUACUAGACAGUAGAAUGGGACAAAGCAAGGUGGGACCAGGUUAAGAAUGUCAGAAAGGAGCCACUUCAGGUGGGGGAGAUAGUAUUGCUAAGGAACUC